AAGGAUUCUAUCCAAUCAGCGAACUCCAGGUUUAAAGAUGGCGUCUCCCGUCGGCUGCAGAACUGUAGCAGUAUUUCUUUUCCUUAUUUUAUUCAUUUCGGUUCAUUGUAACGACACCAAACCUAAAAAGAAGAAAGACAUACGGGAUUAUAAUGAUGCGGAUAUGGCCAGACUGCUAGAGGAGUGGGAGAAAGAUGAUGACAUUGAGGAAGGCGACUUGCCUGAGCACAAGAGAUCUCCUCCGCCCAUCGACUUUUCUAAAAUAAAUCCAUCAAAACCAGAGGAGCUCCUGAAGAUGUCCAAGAAAGGAAAGACAUUGAUGGUGUUUGCCUCCGUGUCGGGAAACCCAACAGAGAAAGAAACAGAGGAGAUCACCAGCCUGUGGCAGGGCAGCCUCUUCAAUGCCAACUUUGAUAUUCAAAGAUUUGUGGUGGGAUCUAACCGCGCCAUUUUCAUGCUGCGCGAUGGGAGCUACGCCUGGGAGAUUAAAGACUUUCUGGUCGCCCAGGACCGCUGCGAGGACGUAACCGUGGAGGGACAGGUGUUCCCUGGGAAAGCUGCCAAGGGGAAAGAGAAAAACGAGACCAAGAAGAAAGGAGACAAGAAAGCAGCCAACCGAGCAAAUAAAAGCAAACAGGAACUUUGAUAUGUCAGCCUCAAAAUCAUAUGCCAUAAAAGAACUUGAAAACGAACAAGUGGUUAUUGGUGUACUUCAUAAAACGUCAGAUCAUUAAUCUUUGGAAAUCUUUAGAAUAUUUGAUGUUUUUUGGUAUUGUAACACCUAAUUUUUUCACAGGUACGUCGUGAUGUGAUUUGACGAAUAAAACACUUUUUAUACACUA